AUGAUCAAUAUCUUCUUGCUUGCUCUGGCCGUUUUCGGCCUGCUGUACAUUUUUUUAACGGCCGGGAAAAGAGCCAAAAAUCUCCCUCCAGGACCCCCAACAUUGCCAGUCCUCGGAAACCUUCACCAAAUUCCAAGGAAAGGGUCUUACUUGAAAUUCACCGAAUGGGCCAGGAAAUAUGGAGGCAUAUAUUCGCUGAAACUGGGCACCGCUACGGCGGUCGUCGUCACUGAUCGCCGUAUCAUCAAAGAGCUCGUGGACAAGAAAAGUGCCAAAUACAGUAACCGGCCGCAUUCCUAUGUCUCUCACGAUCUCAUGACAUCUGGAGACCACCUCUUGGUAAUGCAAUACGGCCAACAGUGGCGGUCAUUUCGAAAAAUAAUUCACCAACAUUUUAUGGAGUCCAUGGUUGAAAAGAAUCACAUUGAGGUCCAGAAUGCUGAAGCGGUGCAAAUGCUCCGUGACAUGUGUUUGCGUCCCGACCAGCAUAUGCGUCACCCCAAACGAUUCAGCAACAGCAUAAUUAUGAGCUUAGUAUACGGAUUGCGGACCCCCUCGGUAGAUACUCACCACAUGACUCGUCUUUAUGAUAUGAUGGAGAACUGGUCUCAAUUGAUGGAGCCCGGCGCCACCCCUCCUGUUGAUAUUUAUCCGUUUCUUCACUAUGUGCCUCAAAGGAUCUUUGGCAACUGGAUAACAAGAUCCAAGAACGUGGGCGACGAGAUGAAUGGGCUAUAUGCCAGUGUUCUUGAUCGUGUUAAAGAGCGUCGAAAGCUGAAGGGAAGAAGAGAAUCGCUCAUGGACUCCCUGCUAGACCAAGCCGAAAAAGUCAAUUUGAACCGCCAUCAACUCUACUUUCUCGGUGGCGUGUUGAUGGAGGGAGGAUCAGAUACGACAAGCUCACUUAUUCUUGCGUUUAUACAUGCUAUGACCAAAUGGAGCAAUGUCCUGCGGACUGCGCAGGAGGAAAUCGACAGCGUUAUCAGCGAUGAUCGCACCCCUAUCUGGUCAGACUAUUCCCAGCUACCCUAUGUGGCGACCAUCGUGAAAGAGGUACAGAGAUGGCGGCCCGUCGUGCCUCUGGCCUUUCCUCAUGCUGCCGCUGAAGAUGAUUGGGUCGACGGCUACUUCAUUCCCAAAGGUACAACGGUUAUCAUAAAUUCCUGGGGCAUGCACCAUGAUGAAAAACGCUACCGAAACCCCGAUAGUUUCGAUCCUGAUCACUACAAAGGCCAGACCACGCUUGCACCCGAGCUCGCAGCUGCAGCGGACUAUGAAAGUCGUGAUCACUAUGGUUAUGGCUCUGGUCGUCGAAUAUGUCCCGGCAUCCAUCUGGCCGAACGAAACCUGUUCUUGGCGAUUGCUAAACUGAUCUGGGCGUUUUCUAUUGAGCCUGGCCAAGAUGAAAAGGACCAGCCAAUCGAGUCCGAUUUUAGCCCCGAGACUGGCUACAGCGAGGGAUUUCUGGUUUGCGCUAGAGACUUUCCUUGCGUGAUCAAGCCGAGAUCAGAAGCCCGGCGAAUGACGAUAAUGAAGGAAUACGAAUCAGCCCAGCGAGAAACCUUCUCCCGAUUUGAUGCCUGA